AUGUCUUCUAUUACGACAUUAAAAGAAGCGGAAGAUCUUGCAAAGACGUCUCCAGAAAAAGCCGAGCAACUAUAUACGAAUAUACUAGCACAGGAUGCUGGCAACGACGAGACUGUGAUCAGGCAACAGGAACAAGCUCUCGUAAAAUUGGGCGAGCUUUACCGUGAUCACAGAAAAGCUGAACAGUUGUCGCAAUUGAUUCGAUCUUCGCGGACGUUUAUGUCUUCGAUUGCAAGAGCGAAGACGGCAAAAAUCGUAAAGACGCUUAUUGGCCUCUUUUCCGAGAUACCGAAUACCCUUCCUCUCCAAAUUGAUAUAUGCAAAGAAAUAAUCCAAUGGAGCAUCGAAGAGAAGCGCAUAUUUCUCAAACAGUCUUUGGAAACGCGUUUGAUAGCCUUAUAUCUUGAUAACAAAAUGUAUCAUGAUGCUCUCACUUUGAUCAAUUCGUUGCUAAAAGAACUUAAACGUCUUGACGAUAAGAUGGUUUUGGUUGAAGUUCAAUUGUUGGAGAGCCGAGUGUGUCACGCUCUUCGCAAUUUACCUAAAUCAAGGGCGGCACUCACGUCAGCAAGAACGUCUGCGAAUGCUAUCUAUUGUCCGCCCCUUCUUCAAGCAGCUCUGGAUAUGCAAUCUGGUAUCCUGCAUGCCGAGGAUAAGGAUUAUAAGACAGCUUAUUCAUAUUUCUAUGAAACACUUGAAGGAUACUCUUCUCAGGAUGACCCCAAGGCAAUUUUGGCAUUGAAAUAUAUGCUUCUUUGUAAAAUUAUGCUGAACUUGUCGCAAGAUGUGCACGCCAUCAUUCACGGCAAGCUUGCUCUUCGUUAUGCUGGACGCGAAGUUGAUGCAAUGAAAGCAGUUGCUACUGCCCAUCAAAAUCGUUCACUCAAUGAAUUUGAAAAGGCUAUAGCGACAUAUAGAGAUG